UCACUAGCUACACUCUAAAUAUUUCUCAACUUUCUCUCAGUUCACUCAAAUAGGUUUAAAUUUCAGAUCACAUUGCCAAUUCGAAUCGAAAUGCCCACUUCAUCCUUCUCGAUAUAUCCCACUCUCUUCCCUGUCUCCUCUGCAUCUUCUUCAUCACCAUCGUUUAAACCAGUACUAAUCCUUACUAGAGUAUCACCUCCCUAUUCUUUAGGAGCAAAACCCGUUUGCUGUCUUUCCAUAAAACCCAAUUCUUUACAGUCGUUAAUGCCUAGGAAUCGGAGGUUGACUCAGAGAUUUCCGGCUACAGCCAGCAAUUUGACAACUACCAAAUUGGGAGAUGAAGAUGAUGAAAACCCUACUUCACUUGAAUCCGACAUCAAUUCAAGGCCUCGUCGUAUAGUUCUAUUCGUUGAACCGUCUCCCUUUGCUUAUGUGUCUGGAUAUAAAAACCGGUUCCAGAAUUUCAUCAAAUAUUUAAGGGAGAUGGGAGAUGAGGUUAUGGUAGUGACUACACACAAAGGAGUGCCAAAGGAGUUCCACGGAGCAAAAUUGAUCGGGUCGUUAAGUUUCCCUUGUCCUUGGUAUCAGAAGGUACCAUUAUCGUUAGCACUAAGUCCUAGAAUUAUAUUGGAGGUUGCCAAAUUUAAACCUGACAUAAUCCAUGCAUCAUCUCCCGGUAUUAUGGUGUUUGGCGCUCUGAUUAUCGCAAAACUACUUUGUGUUCCACUAGUGAUGUCAUAUCACACACAUGUUCCCGUGUAUAUACCGAGAUAUACUUUCAGUUGGUUGGUUCAACCGAUGUGGCUGGUUAUUAAGUUUCUUCAUCGGGCUGCUGACCUUACACUGGUACCGUCGGCUGCUCUUGCUAAGGAGCUUGAAGCAGCUAGAGUUACAGCAGGUAACAAGAUUCGACUAUGGAAUAAGGGUGUUGAUUCCGAUAGCUUCCACCCGCGAUAUCGAUCUCAUGAGAUGCGAAUGAGGCUUAGCAACGGUGAACCCGAGAAGCCAUUGAUUGUUCAUGUUGGACGACUGGGAGUCGAGAAGAAUUUGGAUUUGUUAAAAAGUGUUAUGGACAAGCUUCCUCAGGCUCGGAUAGCUUUUGUAGGAGACGGACCAUUUAGGGAGAAUUUAGAGAAGAUGUUUGAAGGAAUGCCUGUUGUAUUUACGGGAAUGUUGGAAGGGGAAGAGCUCUCACAGGCAUAUGCAAGUGGCGACGUUUUCGUGAUGCCUUCAGAAUCAGAGACACUAGGGUUUGUCGUUUUGGAGGCAAUGUCAUCUGGACUUCCCGUUGUGGUUGCUCGAGCUGGUGGACUGGUGGAUAUUGUUCCGGAAGAUCAGGAGGGUAAAACUGGUUUUUGUUUCAAUCCGGGUGAUGUUGAAGAUUGUGUGAAAAAAUUGAAGAUUCUUUUGGAAGACGGAAAUCUUAGAGAAAGUGUGGGAAAGGCUGCUCGGUUGGAAAUGGAGAAAUACGAUUGGCGGGCAGCCACUAAGAAGAUAAGGAACGAGCAAUAUAAUGUUGCGAUUUGGUUUUGGCGGAAGAAGAGAGCCCAGAUGUUUAAACCUUUUCAGUGGAUAAUACGAUGGUUUUCUCAGUCACCACAAAUGAACUACAGGCGAAAUUAAAUGAAAAGAUUGUUAACAUAAUGGAAUAUGGGUACAAAUUUAUGUUCAUAUUGUAUAACUUGAAAUUUAUAUAGUUUGUAGAUUUAUC